UAAAGCUUAGCAAAUUUACUCAAACUUUACUACAAAACUUACUCUAUGAGCUUCCAUGUGGUUGCAACGUCGUCAGGGACACCCCAAAGUAAUAACCAAGCAGGAGAGAAGAAAAGUGUUUUAGUCCAAUAUGAAGUUGAGCCAGGUUUCACCAUUCAUAUUCAUAACAAUAUUGAUCCUGCCACCGAUCCUCAAAAGCUCAAAAGGAUCAUUGCAAACCGUAUUUCGGCUCAUAAGUCAAGAUGGAAGAAGCUUCAAUAUGUUAAUACUCUAGUGAAAGGAUCCAUGGAGCUCCAAAUUGCAGUGAAUAUGCUGCGUGCCAAAAUAAAUAUAGCGAUUGAAGAAAAGCAAUAUCUAGAAAAUGAAAAAAAACAGUUAAAGGAGACUAUCUCUGCUCGACUUCAAGAUUAUCUCAACAACUACGGUAUUACUAACAUGUAUAAAGUGGAGAUACAAAGGUUGAAGAAGAGCAUGGCUCCGCCCACCAGUAGUACUUAGUUGAUUUGAAAAACUCCUCUCUCAUUUCUUCGAUUCGGUUAAUUAUGAAUUGUUGCUUUUCGUCUCUUUUGUUGUUGUAAUUUCAUUUGUUUCAGUUUCUCAGACUAUUGUCAUCUAUAACAUAUCAAAUCAGUAUGCAUUUGUUUCGUAUUUGUAUUAAUUUCAGUUUGAAUUAUCUAUUUCA